AUGCAUGCAAACAAGACUUCUCCUCCAGAAACAAAGAGUGUCGCCGGCGAUGAUAUCGCCGUCGACCUAUAUCCUUUCAUACGCCAAUACAACGAUGGCCGUAUCGAGCGCCUCCAGCGCAGCUCCUUCGUCCCUGCGUCGGAGGACGCGGCCGCCAACCGUGGGGUGGCAACGAGAGAUAGCAAUUACCCGAUCGACAUCGAGGGGCUUAUCAUGGUGCACCCCUACUUCUGGAGCUCCCAGCGGCUGGCGUCCGAGGCUGUCUGGGACGGCGUCUCCAUGUUUGCGCCUGAAAACGUGGACAGGCUCUGGCCGUUUGUCACGGCAGGCCAGGCGGGGAACGACGAUCCCCGGAUAAACCCUCCAGAGGAUGAGAUCGCGUCUCUGGCAUGCCGGCGUGUGCUCGUGGCCGUGGCCGAGAAGGACAGCCUGCGGGACCGGGGGCGCCGGUUGGCGGCCCAGAUGCGCGACUGGUCCUGGGCCGCCGGUGAAAAUGUGACACUGGUGGAGUCUGAGGGCGAAGACCACGGCUUCCACCUGUACAACCCACUGCGUGCCACAAGCAAGAAACUCAUGGAGAGCAUCGUGCAAUUCGUAGACCAGCGCAGCACCGCCUUGCCGCUGCCGGCCGCUUUGCUCCCGAGCCCGCACGAGCUGCGUGCUGCUGCUGAGAUGGACUCUGCCGGACCCGUUCUUGGCGUGCCUACUAGGCCAUAUAUGGACAUAUUUGGUUAUGGGAUGGCCAUGAAAGCUUGGAGUGGCAGUGGCCCAAGCUCCAUGACACGUACUACUUCGUUACAAAUUGGACAGGGGAAAAAGCCUGAGACAAGGUAUGGAUUAUCUUUGGGCCGAGUGAGACCUACUAAGGCUAACAUGGUCUCGUUAUCAGCAAAAGCCCAUUGGAGUUCUGUUAUAAAGAACUUCUUCUAG